CCAAUGCAUCAUGGGACGGAGGCGGAUGGUUCGCGUUGACUCCUCCAGGCCACACCAAGCACUGUAGCGCGCAUAGCUGGUUGCUUGAUUCCAAAAAUAGAAAAUCUAAAUUAAAUAUAGAAAACAAAGUUAUUUCAGUUUAGAUUGUAUUUUAUGCUUCACGUCUUCAUGAUACAUAGCUGAAUAAAAAAUGCCGAAUUUUUGUGCAGCCCCGAAUUGCACAAGGAAAAGCACUCAAUCGGACUUGGCAUUUUUUAGGUUUCCAAGAGACGCGCAAAGGUGUAAGCUGUGGGUGGAGAACUGCCGUCGAGCAGAUCUAGAAGACAAAACGUCAGACCAGUUGAAUAAGCAUUACAGGCUAUGCGCCAAACAUUUUGAAGCGUCUAUGAUAUGCAAAAGUAGCCCUUACAGGACUGUACUCAAAGACAAUGCUAUACCGACAAUAUUUGACUUAACAAGCCAUCUUAAUAAUCCUCAUAGCAGACAUCGCAAGCGGAUAAAAGAACUGACAGAAGAAGAAUUGAGUAAGCUGAAAAAGAGAAAAUUGGAAUCCUCUGUUGAGCAGACCGAAGAAAACAAAAACAGUGACACGUGCGAGGGUCAGGACAGUAGUGACGCCAACGACGAUGUGCCCCCAUUGACCGCUGAGGAGAAAGAAGUCAGAGAUUACCUGAAAUCCUUGUUCGAAGUUCUUGUUGUCAUUGGAAAGCAAAACAUCCCCUUGAAUGGACAUGCUGAAGUGGAGAGAGAGAGCAAGUCUUUCACCCCAAGCAACUUCCAGGCCUUGUUGGAGUACCGCAUCAAUGCAGGGGAUGAAGUCCUGAGGAAGCGGUUUGAGAUGACGGCCGUAAACACAGAGUACUGCCCCGCCACCCAGCAGAAGCAGAUGCUGGAGGUGUGCGAGAGCUGCAUUCGCGAGGAGUUGCUCCAGGAAAUCAGGGAGUGCCGGUUCUUUUCGUUAGUCACUGAAGAGCUUGUGGAGAUCUCUGGGGAGAGGCACCUCCCACUGCUCCUGCGGUUUGUGGACCAGUCCAACUGCCUGCGGGAGGAAUUCAUUGGGUUCCUGCCUUUUGAGGGGGAUGAGGAGACACUGACGGAGCGGCUCCUUUCAGAGAUCACAGAGAAGUGGGGUCUAAACAUGGAAUACUGUCGUGGCCAAGCCCAUGUCGGCUCUGGCGUGUCUGUCAGCAAAAUUAAAGCCAUUGCUGCCAGACUGACAGAGAAAUAUCCAGUGGCAGUGUGUACCCCCAGUUCCACCUGUGCCCUGAACAUUUUCUUGGCAAAUAGUUUAAACUUGACAGGAGUUCAAUUAGUGAUGUCCACCUUCAAAAAGAUUGACUUGUUUUUCAGCAAGUCACCGCUACUGCUGGCUGAGCUGGAGCAUGCAAUCUCCAUCUUCUAUCAGGGCAAUGAGGAAAAAGCCAAUGAUCUCAAAGAGGCUUGCCGCACCACCUGGACAGAGAGGCAUGAUUCCUUUGAGAUGGCUGUAGAUUUAUUAGAAGCACUCCUACUCUGCAUGGACAGCAUUCAUGACAAUGAAGACUUGAGGUGGAAUGACCAAAUAACCAACAGUGCCUACCUAAUAUCUGAAGCACUGUCAGACUUUGAAUUUGUGGUUACGUUAGUUGUCUUGAAAAACACUCUGUCCUUCACAAGAGCCUUUGGUAAGAACUUACAAGGGCAAACCAUGGAUGUGUAUUUUGCCGCCAGCAGUUUAACUGCAGUCUUGCAUUCACUCAAUGAGGUUAUGGAUAAUAUUGAAGUAUACCACGAGUUCUGGUUCGAAGAGGCUGUCAAUAUGGCUGCUGCCAUGGAAAUUCCUGUGACAGUUCCCAGGCUGUACUUCCGGAAGCAGCGUCCAGAAGCAGGAAUGGAGAUCCAACCAGAGAAUUAUUUCAAAGAGCACCUGACUGUCCCAGUUGUGGAGCGUGUCAUAAAGGAGCUGAAGGACGUCUUCUCAGAAAACCACCUGAAGGCCCUCAAGUGCCUGUCACUUGUCCCUGCUGUAAUGGGGCAGCUGAAAUUCAAUACAUCAGAGGAGAACAAUGCAGACAUAUACAAGAACGACCUGCCCAACCCAGACACUCUUCCAGCUGAGCUCCACUGCUGGAGGAUAAAAUGGAAGCACAGAGGCAAGGAGGUCAGCUUGCCAUCCACAAUCUAUGACACACUGCAGCUGUCAGAGGUCAAAUUUUUCCCUAAUGUGUACUCUUUCCUCAAAGUGCUCUGUACCCUCCCAGUCCUAAAGCUGGAGAACCCCAAGUGUGAAACUGCCCGGAAGCGCUUGAAAGCUUACCUUGCUGACACGCCUGUGAGCCACAGGUCCAAGAGUUUGGCAUUGCUCAACAUCAAUUAUGAUAUUAAGCAUGAUUUGGACUUGAUGGUUGAUAGCUACUCUAAAAUGUAUCCGGAGAAAGAACAUUUUUCAGAUGCUCUGUGAAACGUUGACUCUGAUUGUAGAAGUGCCGUUUUCCACACUGCGUCCUGAUUUUUCAGGUUGUAAAAACAAUGUGUGUAACUGCUUAUUUUAACAAAAUUUUUAGACUUGUUAUCAAUUGUGUUAAAUACAACAUCAUUUGAAAAAUGUAGUCUGGAUGUUUCUUAUUAUAACUUCUUGCAUUGAAAGACUGUAGUUGGUAUUGAUUGUAUUGUAUAUAGAGUACAAUAUUAAGAUGAGAAAAUCUUGUUAACAUUAAAAAAAACAAAUACAGUAGUUAGCUGGAAAACACUUUGGAAAUGGUUCCAGAUUACAUUUAUAAGAGGAAGUGGAUGUCUUACCAGUGCAACAGAUACUUCAUGCAGUUUUAUGUCAAAUGCAAUGUGAAAAAAUAUCUGGUUUUACAAAAUAUUGAUUCCCCAACCUGUAAUAACAGUGCUACUUCUUCAA